AUGGCUUCUUCUCCUUCUGAUCCCUAUUCUGAGUUUUACUACUCUGUUCACUUCGAUGGAGAACUUAUUCAAACCCUAGUCACAGCGUCUUGUUUAUGUGUUGACCGAUGGAUCUCUGAUAUCUACUAUCUCUACCGUCAUGAUAUUGCCGACGACGGACUGGUCGUCGGCCUCGACUGCAAAUCGCUUCCGAGUUCCAUCGCCGGAAUCACCCACCCCAUCGCCGUCAUGCAACUCUGCAUUAUGUACGCCGAUGCAAUGCCUAUCGAGCUAGUCCGAUUCCUCAACGACGAAAGAAUCACCUUCGCCGGCGCCGCAGCGAAAGAAAACAAAGCAGAAAAACUCAAGAGGGACUAUGGCCUCCGAGUGGCUUGCGCUGUGGAUGUUGCAGACAUGGCGGCGCUGAUCUACGACGAUCAUGAGUCAGAG